AUGCCAAGAAGAUUUCAUGAUCGAGUGGUGGCAGCAUUGGUAGUAUUUAGUUGGAGAGAAAUUCUUAACGCAGCCUCAUUAAACCAAACCGAUCUCAUUCCAAAAGUACUCCUGCAAGCAAGCCUGCGAGUGCGAGAAAAGGGGCUUUUCUAUCAACUCCGUGGUAGUUUCGAACGUGCUUCAUGUUUUCAGAACCAUCAAGGGAUUAGUACCAAGAGCAUGUCGCAUGCCUGGCAGUGCUCGAUUGUGUAUUCUCUGAUCUUGCUGCGAGCAGUUGGACGGAGCUGGCCAUUAUGUUUGAUAAUCCGAGGAAGAUUCCACUGUGCGCUAAAUGUAGGAACUAGCCACCGUCCUAUCUGCCGCGAAUCCGUAACGUUCAACAAGCUGACCCCACGUCAAUUCAAUUCGGCACCUGCUGUCAGAAGAUGGCUUGGGGGUAAGGGAGCAGACGAUAUUGGCCUGCGCGCGGCGGCAGGACCAGACAGAUAUGUAGUUGUAUCACGUCACCUCGUAUAA